CAGAGCUGUUAUUAAAAUGUGGCAAUGAGGAAUUAGACACGCGAACGAAGCUGUAUGGAUGCUGUCAAAAGUCAAAUUCGAUAAAAAGCAAUAUCACUACGACUUGCCGGAUUUGUAUUUUUAAUUUGAGAAAAACAAAAUGAGUUCAAUUGGCACCGGGUAUGAUCUAUCAGCAUCUCAAUUUUCUCCUGAUGGCAGGGUUUUCCAAGUUGAAUAUGCAAUGAAAGCGGUAGAAAAUAGCGGAACAGUAAUAGGACUGCGAGCAAAAGAUGGAAUAAUACUAGCGGCAGAAAAACUUAUUAUGUCAAAAUUACAUGAACCAUCAACUAACAGAAGAAUCUUCAACAUUGAUAAACACAUAGGAAUGGCAUUUUCUGGCUUGAUAGCAGAUGCAAGACAAAUUGUUGAAAUUGCAAGGAAAGAAGCAGCCAAUUAUAGGCUUCAAUAUGGAACAAAUAUUCCUCUUAAGUAUCUAAAUGAUAGAGUCAGUAUGUACAUGCAUGCAUAUACACUAUAUAGUGCUGUUAGGCCAUUUGGAUGUAGUGUGAUAUUGGCAAGCUAUGAAGAUAACGAGCCAUAUAUGUAUUUAAUUGAUCCAUCAGGAGUGAGCUAUGGUUAUUUUGGAUGUGCUACUGGAAAAGCUAAACAAUCUGCAAAAACUGAAAUUGAAAAAUUGAAAUUGGGACAACUUACGUGCAAGGAACUUGUUAAAGAAGCAGCGAAAAUCAUUUACCUUGUGCACGAUGAACUCAAAGACAAAAAUUUUGAAUUAGAACUUUCAUGGGUAUGUAAAGAUACUGAUGGUUACCACGUCAAAGUUCCUGAAUCAGUAUUUGCUGAUGCUGAAAAAGCAGCUAAACAAGCUAUGGAGGCGGAUUCGGAAUCUGAGACUGAAGAAAUGUAAUUUUGGUAGUGAUUAGUAAUGAUUAAUAUAAGUAUAAUUGUUGCCACUUCAAUUUCUAAUAAAGGUUCAAUAUAUUUUA